AGUUUCCGCGUUUGUUUGGUCCCGCUCCUGUCGUCUGUUCUGCGCGGCGUCUGUCGCGGUUUCCAGGGCUGCGGGCGCCGGCGGCCGGGCGGGGGCUACUGGGCGGAGGUCGGCGCCUCCCGAGGGGCCAGGGCGAGGGAGGCGUUACGGGGUUGGAGGUACAGCCUCCCGUCCCGGGCGAGUCCGAGAGCAAGGAGGGAGGGUGUUUCCUGGGGCAACUCCACUCGGGGUCCCGUCGACGUUGCCUCGUCUCCGCUGGACCGCUCGGGAACGACGUACUCACACUCGGAGGAAGGGGUUGGCUCUGAGCGAGUAUAACGUGUUCCUUUUGAAAGCAGGAAGUUUGAAGUGGCGUUGCAUCAGCAGCACAGCCUGCAGUUUCAGGUGCCCUCGGCACAACUUUCAGUUUCUCAGAACAAGCCUACCCCUCACCGCAGUAAUUAGGGGACAGAAAGUCCACCAAAGUAAACCCUUUCUGUCCAAACCCUAAAAACCUUUGGAUAGACCUUUGCAAGAAACGGAUCACAGGCUUGUUUUUCCAAACUGAGCAAACUCUGUUGAAGACUAAGUGUUACUGUCAAAAUGAAUGAUUGCCUGCUUAGUUAUGAUUCAAUUAUCGAGGUGUUUAGGUUUCUUUGCAAUACACGCAGACUUUUUUCCCCACCUUUGAAAUUGCUUGUUAGAAGCCUUUGAUUUCUCACAGUUGUGUGUCUUUUCCUGGAUGGCUCUAAUAAACUUUAAAGGCUUCUGAUUUGCUGCAGGCCUGGCAUCGCUGUGGAAAGCAAGCACUCCUUCGAAGGAGAAUAGAAGUGCAUCGGUUUCUAAAUAGUCCCAGGACUCUAGCAUCAGCAUCACUUGGGAACUUCUUGGAAAUGCACAUUUUGGGAUCUUACCCCAAACUUACUGAAUCAAAAAUAUAUUUUAACAAGGCUUUCAGUUGUCUGGAUGCUAAAGUUUGAGACUUACUGGAGUAGUGAUAACACCCAUUGUGGAGUCACAUAUAAUGGAAUUUGAAUUGAAGUAAUUCCCACAUGGAGAAACUUGGACAUGUUACCUUAUAGGGCUGUAAUAUGAAAAUGCAAGAAAAAUGUUUAAUGCUUAGUAUUUUGUUUACCUCAUGGUUCUCAACUCUGUGUAGUCCAGGUCGUUGGAGGCAGGAUGUUGAAAGUUAUAGCAGUACAUACUCUAUUGUAGUAUUUUUAAGAAUAGCGUUAGUAUUCAUGUUGAAGAGUAGUUUUUGGUUCUUUGGCCCCCUGAUCUCUUCAGUUUUAUUUAUUUAUUUGGAGACAGUCUUCCUUUGCCGCCCAGGCUGGAGAGCAAGGGCCCGAUUUCGACUCACUGCAACCUCUGCCUCCCAGGUACAAGCGAUUCCCCUGCCUCAGCCUCCGGAGUAGCUGGGAUUACAGGUUCAGCUGUGUGUUCAUCUCUCCGGAUACCUAAAACCUGACCACCUGACCGCGUUUUCCCGUUGCUGAGCCAUUUCCCUGAUACCUGGCCAUGCAGCGGAGAUCAAGAGGAAUAAAUGCCGGACUUAUUCUGCUUCUUUCUCAAAUCUUCCAUGUUGGGAUCAACAACAUUCCACCUGUCACCCUAGCAACUUUGGCCCUCAACAUCUGGUUCUUCUUGAAUCCUCUGAAGUCACUAUAUAGCUCCUGCCUUAGCGUGGAGAAGUGUUACCAGCAAAACGACUGGCAGCGAUUACUGCUCUCUCCCUUUCACCAUGCUGAUGAUUGGCAUUUAUAUUUCAAUAUGGCAUCCAUGCUCUGGAAAGGAAUAAAUCUAGAAAAAAGAUUGGGAAGUAGAUGGUUUGUCUGUGUUAUCACCACAUUUUCCAUACUUACUGGAGUGGUAUACCUGCUCUUGCAAUUUGCUGUUGCCGAAUUUAUGGAUGAACCUGACUUCAAAAGGAGCUGUGCUGUAGGGUUCUCAGGAGUUUUGUUUGCUUUGAAAGUUCUUAACAACCAUUAUUGCCCUGGAGGCUUUGUCAACGUCUUGGGCUUUCCUGUACCAAACAGAUUUGCUUGCUGGGUCGAACUUGUGGCUAUUCAUUUAUGCUCACCAGGGACUUCCUUCGCUGGGCAUCUGGCUGGGAUUCUUGUUGGACUAAUGUACACUCAAGGGCCUCUGAAGAAAAUCAUGGAAGCAUGUGCAGGCAUUUUUUCCUCCAAUGCUGGUUACCCAGGACAGCAAUACUACUUUAAUAGUUCAGGCAGCUCUGGAUAUCAGGAUUAUUAUCCAUAUGGCAGCCCAGGUCACUCUGAAGAAGCACCCAGGAACUAUGACGCGUACACAGCAGGACUGAGUGAAGAAGAACAGCUUGAGAGAGCAUUACGAGCCAGCCUCUGGGACCGAGGAAAUACCAGAAAUAGCCCACCACCCUAUGGGUUUCGUCUCUCAGCAGAAGAAGAAAUGAGGAGACAGCGGCUUCACAGAUUCGAUGGCCAUUGAGGUGGCAUCUUGGGAAGACAUGGUUUUUUCAUGUAAUUAUUGUCCAUUUGGUUCAUUCUGCAAGCCCCUAAUUCAUUUUAAACAAAAGCAGAGUGUACUGGUAUUGCCCUGGAUCGCUCACGUCUGCAUGGGACAGUCCUUCCAUGACCCCUCUGAUUUAGCUCACAUCUUGGUGGGUGUGGGCUCACACAGGUCACUUCCUCACUAAGGGACCAGUUUCCACGCUCCCUUCUCUCACCACUGACUCAGCAAUGCCUCUGCCUUGCUCUGCUUUUGAAAACUGUGACCUUCACCAGGAGAUUUUACUUUCACCGAGCAGAAGAUGAGUCCCUCAUCCUGCCUGGAGUGCCCUGUGUUUGACUUGGCAGUGGGUGCAGAGCCAUCUCCCCAUCCUCCUAGUGCGUCGCCUCUGCAGCUGUCCAGGAACAGGAUGUGGCUGCCUUGGCCGCGUGUCCUCCUACUCUCCCCACCCUGGCACCUCAGCUCCUCGGCUCCUCCGGCCCCUGCAUCUGACUGCUCUUUGCAGGGCCUUUGCUUUGCUUUGGUAUUGCUCUGCCUUUAUAGAAAGUCUUAUGGAAGAAGUGUAAGACAGACCUAAGAUGGGAAGACCCCUACACACACCAUUAGUAUCACGUGACACCAGCAGUGUAGGUUCCCAGCCACCCCCCAGUGGCAGCUUGUGUGCCCAGGAGACAGGACGUGUCAUUUAUGAAUCAGCAAAGUAGCAGCAGAUGCCACAUACAGAGUAGAGUGAAGGCAUUCGGUGGACCGGUCACUAGAGAUCUAUCUUGCAGAAAGUAUGUUUUUCCUCGUCAAAGUGCCUCUUAAUUGGCCACUGUACCAGCCACUUGUCCUAGCCAAAUGUCCAAAACACGACCUUGGGCCCCACAACAUUACAAUCCACAGAUUGUCUAAGUCAUUUGAGUUUUUUCAUGGUGCUUGUGUUCCAUGAAUAAAAGGGCAAAGUCAAAAGAUCACUGAUGUCUUACUGUCACAGAGAUAUUUUAAAAGAGAGAGGCAGAGGCUGGGCACGGGGGCUCAUGCCUGUAAUCCCAGCACUUUGGGAGGCAGAGGCGGGCAGGAUUCGAGACCAGCUUGGCCAACCUGGUGAAACCCCGUCUCUACUAAAAAUUCAAAAAUUAGCCAAACAUGGUUGCACAUGCCUAUAAUCUCAGCUACACAGGAGGCUGAGGCAGGAGAAUUGCUUGAACCCAGGAAACUUGCAGUGAGCUGAGAUUGCACCACUGCACUCCAGCCUGACUGCCAGAGCAAGACUGUCUCAAAAAAAAAAAAAAAAAAAAAAAAGAGAGAAAGAAGCAGGAAAGGAUCUUCCUUUUUUAAUCUAUAGUUAUAUAGUUUUCUGAUUAUGCACAUAACAGAUAUGCCUUCCAUAUGCAUAAAGCAAACAUCUGGAAAGAAAUAUACCCAAAUGUUAGUGGGGACUAUCUUUGGGAGGGGAAUACAUGGGAUUUUGCUUUCUUCUUUUUUAUAAUUUUAUAUUCCUGUCUUUGAAAAAUGUGUAUACAUGUGUGUGUGUUACUUUUACAAUCAGGGAGAUGUAUUUAUAUAAUAAUAAGAAAUAUGCAGUCAGAAAAACAGACUUCAAAAUAAAUACUAUGUGUCCAUUGAGAAAAUUCACAAUAUAAACAGAAAUACAAAUAAACAGGCACACAAUUUUAAAGUCACCUGUAACCCUACCCCUAGAGGUACCUAGGAUUAACAUUUUGGCGGUAUUGUCUUCUCAAUUUUUCUCUUUGUAUAUUCAGAAAAUUUGGAGCAUACUGACUACACAGUUUUGUAUCCAGAUCCAAUCUGAAUUUCCCCAAAGAGGCCUUGGCACUUGCAUAUAAAUGAGCUGAGAAAACCACUGGAGCCUUAGGAGCUCUUUGGCCUCCUGGCUGGCCCAGUAAUACCUGAGCCCCUUUAGUUAAUUUAUAACUGACGUAAAACUGCAUCUUGUUUAUAAUACAAAUUGUACCUGUGAGUCUGGAAGCUUUAAGUGUGUUUAAAUUAAAAUAUUCAAGCGAAAUGUUAUUCCUCUCUCCCAAAUUCUGUAAGUUUGACUCCUGUUACCUCAAUUAGAAGUUACUUCUUUGUUGCAUGCCACUUUUAUAGCAUGUGGUAAUUCUGCUGUGACACUUACAUCUUACCUGAUUAUUAUCUGUGCACAGAUCACAGAGGUGUGCCUUCUACAUGAGAACAUGGAUUCUGAAUGACUCUGUGAUGAGGCCUGAGUCUCAGGUACCUUUUCACCCUCUCCCCGUCUCCCCUUUCCAAACCCAAAGGCUCACAGUUGGUGCUCAUUAAAUGUCAGUGUUUCACCAAAGUAUUUUUUCCAAUAGUUGUAUUAAGAGUCCAAUCACUGUAUAUGGAAGUUUUAUUUUAUUUUUUUACAUCACGUGAGUCCUCUUCCUUGCUCUGUUUGACUUGUGAGAUACAAAGACACAGGAUUAGAUUUUGGGUGGUAAACUUGUGAUAUGCUCGUCUUCUUUAUUUGUGGAGUGGAACGUCUUAGUGAUGUGAGAAAGGCCAUUUAGUCAUAAAUGUACACCAGUUAUUUUAGCACAACAAUGAAGGUGUUCUGGAAAUAGUUAUAAUUAUUUUCAGUUAGUAGACCUGCCCGUAACAAGUCCUUAUUGUUUGGAAUGUCCAUUUUAUGUUUUUUCCUCUGCAAUAAGGAAUCCCUAAAGUUAUGCUAACAAAUGGGAAUUGGAUUGAGAAAGACAAAAGCAAGUGAGCAAAUGUAUUAGGCUAAUGAUCUCUAAUAGGGAAUAAGCACUUAGAGCUGAUUUUUGAAUUUGAUUUAUUUAAUAGUAGUUCCCUGAUUGUCUGUUAAGCCCUUGGUUCCCACAGUUUGGUGUGAUCAGUCAACCUAAGAGACCUCUUUAUGCAGAAUCUUUACUUGGUUCUGAAGAGGAGGGAGUAGUUACAAUGGCUUCCUCUUAAUGACUCUGAAUGUAUUGCCUGUAUUGCCUGUGAUUCCAAAGUUGUACAGAAUUGUUCAAACCUCCUCCAUCCUUUUAAAUUGCCUGCUGCAGUAAAUAACUAGUUUGAGGAAAACUAGAGCCAGUCUACAUAUUUGGCACAUGUUCUGCUGCCUGGGGAGUAAGUAAGCUAAAGGGAUGAGAAAGACCACCUCCCCCUACCCUGAAAAUUGGACUGCAAGGCAGGAUAGGAAUUGGAUAGCUGGCAACCUGGCCUCCUUGUUCCCAGUCUUAGUUUUACUUGAGAGAUUUAGUAUUCAGUAAAGAAUAGUAUUCAAUUAGUUGUUAAAAAAAACAAAAACUGUUACUUCUUCCUUUCCCUUUCCAUGAAUCAUUGCAGUCAUUCCCUAAGUUUCGUCUCCUCCUUUUUUUUUUUUUCAUGGCUGCUAGUAUUUCAUUGUAGAAUCACAAACUCUGAGCUGAGAGAGUCUCACUAUCUCACUUAUUUGCUCUGUUCGAUACUUGUAAUACCUCCUCACUCAAAAUUCUACAUAACUCUGCCAGCUUUGUCUUCCAAAAUUCACUUACAUGGUGCCACUCAUCAUCGCAAAUACCUUUUAUUGGCUUUCUGCUGCCAAAAGAUAAAGGUCAAAGUCCUUAGCCUCAAAAGUGGACUCUAACCAGCCUUUGGACCUCAGCCCCAUUUAUCCCUCACAGAGGCUGGUAACUAGUCUCACUGCUCAGGCUGUGAGUGUUCCUGAUCUUGUGAUAUUCUGUGCUGUGCUUUUACAUGGAACAGCCCUUUCCUCUCUCUUGGCCCGUAUCCAGAUCCUCCUCAUCCAGCCCCCAUCUUAAUCCUGUAGCAGACACAACCACAUCUACACAGUUUCCACGUACCACGUGGAAUUGCUGGUUAUGCUGCAGUGAGAGAAUGUUUUUGUCUUUAGAUUGUAAGCUUCAUGAGGGCAGGGACCAUGACUGUUUCUCUCUCUCUCCUCACAGCGCCUUGAGCAGUGCCUUAUCUCGAACGUCAGAACCAAUAAAUACUUGUGGAUUGAAACAAAAA